AUGAUCAAUUGUCUGCUUCAAAGAAAACAGAUGGUUAUUGAUGUCCUUCACCCUGGGAAGGCAACAGGACCAAAGACAGAAAUUCGGGAGAAGUUAGCCAAAAUGUACAAAACCACACCAGAUGUUAUCUUUGUAUUUGGAUUCAGAACUCAUUUUGGUGGUGGGAAAACAACUGGUUUUGGCAUGAUCUAUGAUUCUCUAGAUUAUGCAAAGAAGAAUGAGUCCAAACACAGACUUGCAAGACAUGGCCUUUAUGAAAAGAAAAAGACCUCCCGAAUACAGUGA